CAUUUCCAAGAGCGAUAACGACACCGAGUGAUCUCUUCACUCUAGCUCCUCAGUCCCCUCCAAGGCUCCAACCAGAGGAAUCCUUUUCCCUAGAUCCCACUCUCUAUGCCGUCCUCCAUCUCCUUCUCCCUCUCCCUCGCCUCUCCGGCGAUCUCCUCCGGAUCCCAUUCGGCUCUCCAGCCACCUUCCUGCAACUCGGCUCUCCGGUUCUGUGGCCUUCGCCGGGGGACUAUACCUUUUCGCGCUGUUAAUCCGGUGAGGUCCUGGAGAGCCCGGAAAACUUCUCCGCUGAGAGUAUCGGCUGUUAUUUCCGCAAAUGGGAGCCCGUCCAAGGGGUUUGAUUAUGAUUUGGUGAUUAUUGGAGCUGGUGUUGGUGGCCAUGGUGCUGCUCUUCAUGCUGUUGAGCAGGGUUUGAAAACUGCUAUCAUUGAGGGGGAUGUUAUUGGAGGAACCUGUGUAAACAGAGGAUGUGUUCCAUCUAAAGCUCUUCUUGCUGUGAGUGGUCGGAUGCGAGAGCUUCAAGAUGAGCAUCACCUGAAGACGUUAGGUUUACAGGUUUCAGCUCCUGAAUAUGAUAGACAAGGAGUGGCAGAUCAUGCAAAUAAUCUUGCUUUAAAAAUUCGUAACAAUUUGACCAACUCGUUGAAGGCUUUAGGUGUAGACAUUCUGACUGGUGUUGGCACAAUUGUGGGUCCGCAAAAGGUGAAAUAUGGAAAAGUUGGGUUUUCAGAAACAGAAAUCACAGCUAAAGAUAUUAUUAUUGCAACUGGUUCUGUUCCUUUCAUUCCCAAAGGCAUUGAAAUUGAUGGGAAGACUGUAUUUACAAGUGAUCAUGCACUCAAACUUGAAUGGGUACCGGAAUGGAUAGCUAUUGUUGGAAGUGGUUAUAUUGGUCUUGAAUUCAGUGAUGUUUACACAGCCCUUGGAAGUGAGGUUACUUUCAUAGAGGCUCUAGAUCAACUGAUGCCAGGUUUUGAUCCUGAGAUUGGAAAGUUGGCCCAGAGAAUACUUAUCAACCCUAGGAAAAUUGAUUAUUUUACUGGAGUAUUUGCAAAUAAGAUUACUCCAGCAAAGGAUGGCAAGCCUGUACGAAUAGAGCUGAUUGAUGCAAAGACAAAGGAAGCAAAAGAUACAUUGGAGGUAGAUGCAGCCCUUAUAGCCACUGGAAGAGCUCCAUUUACAAAGGGACUUGGCUUAGAAAAUAUAAAUGUAGUUACACAGCGAGGCUUCGUUCCAGUUAAUGAGCAUAUGCAAGUUCUAGAUGCAAAUGGUGAUUUGGUUCCUAACUUGUACUGCAUUGGAGAUGCUAAUGGAAAAAUGAUGCUUGCUCAUGCUGCUAGUGCGCAAGGAAUCUCAGUUGUUGAGCGGGUCUGUAGGAAGGAAAAUGUGCUUAAUCAUUUAAGCAUCCCGGCUGCCUGUUUCACCCACCCUGAGAUUAGUAUGGUUGGUCUCACAGAGCCUCAAGCUAGGGACAAAGCUGAACAGAAUGGUUUUGAAAUAAGGGUUGCGAAGACAAGCUUUAAGGCUAAUACGAAAGCACUGGCAGAAAAUGAAGCUGAAGGGCUUGCGAAGUUGAUUUACAGGCCUGAUACUGGGGAGAUUCUCGGAGUUCACAUAUUGGGAUUACAUGCUGCAGACCUCGUCCAUGAGGCAUCAAAUGCUAUAGCGUUAGGCACCCGCAUUCAGGACAUAAAAUUCGCUGUUCACGCUCAUCCAACCUUAUCAGAAGUCCUAGAUGAACUCUUCAAAUCUGCCAAGUUAAAUACUGGUGCAUCUCACUCUGUCAAUGAACCAGUUGCUGCAUAAAACUCAGGACAAAGAGCUCUUUUUUUUUUUUUAAUUCCGGAGCAUGCUUGUUUA